AAGGGAAAAAUGAUUUCUGAGUUACCGAGGAAUGAGUUUGGAAAUGGCUGGAAAUUAGGUGUGCGCCAUUCUUUGGGAAUGGAGAAUAUUUUACACCUGCAUGUCAUAUUUCCAAAGAUAUGAGAUUUAUUAAAAAACCGUCGGCACAAACUAUAGAAAGUGUUAUUUUGUGAUGCUGAUUGAGGGGAAAUAAACUGUCAUUUUCUGCUAUCCUCUCGGAACCCCUACUGCCUCUGUCCGUUAAGACAUUAAAGAUUUAUUUGGAUCGCGACAGGCUCCUUGCUUCAGGAUGAAGUCCGGUCCCGUAAACGCUCCGGUUCCUUCCGCUGAGGAGGCUUCAUCAGCUGGUUGCAGGGAACCUCGGAGCUACGCGUCUGGAUCCGAGCCAAGCCUGUCUGGUGUCAAACCAGCCUGAACAGAUACUCUCAGACAUCUCAUUUCUUCCCUUCAUUCCUGAAGCGGCAGCCUGCCCACCCCUUGGAAGGAUAUGAACCUGAUAGCUCAUCAUCUGCCUGUCCCCUAUAUGAGGAUCUCUGCUCGCUCUUCAUGGCUUUAACGCGCAGAUCGUCCAUGCUCUCACUUCUCUGUGUUUUAUUAAACGUUAUUUGUUGAUCUCUGACUUUUUCAGAUGUUCCUUCCAUCCAUGGCAAGGCUCCUUGCAGAUCCGUAAAGAACCAAACUCUGGUUAAUAUGAACUUUUUGCCAAGUGGAAUAUGUUUGUAUCUAUCUGUAGCAACCUGCUGGCUGACGGCCAAGGUCGAUGCAUCCUGGUGGUACAUGGGCACCCUCGGCUCCCAGGUGAUGUGCGACAACAUUCCCGGCCUGGUGAACAAACAGCGCCAACUCUGCCGCCAGCACCCCAAAGUGAUGCAGGCCAUCGGGGCCGGGAUAAAGGACUGGAUCUCUGAGUGCCAACACCAGUUUCGCAACCACCGCUGGAACUGCAACACAACAGCCAAGGACCAUAACUUGUUUGGACGUCUGCUGCUACGCAGCAGCCGAGAAGUUGCCUUUGUGUACGCCAUCUCCUCUGCAGGAGUGGUCUAUACUUUGGCACGAGCCUGCAGCCAGGGCGAGCUGGAUAACUGCUCCUGUGACCCCACUAAGACGGGGUCAUCAGAGGACUCCAAGGGCUCCUUUAACUGGGGAGGCUGCAGCGAUCAUGUGGAGCAUGCCAUUCACUUUAGCCAAAUCUUUGUGGAUGCCAAGGAGAGGAAGGAGAGGGAUGCCCAAGCACUCAUGAACCUGCACAACAACAGAGCUGGCAGGAAGGCAGUGAAACGCUUUAUGACUUUGCAGUGUAAAUGUCAUGGCGUCAGUGGCUCGUGCACUGUUCGUACCUGCUGGCAGGCUAUGGCAGACUUCCGACGCACUGGUGACCACUUGAGGAAGAGAUACAACGGUGCUGUGCAGGUCGCAGUCAAUCAGUAUGGAACCGGGUUUACUGCCACGCACACACAUUUCAAACGUCCCAGCAAAAAUGAUCUGGUCUACCUGGAAGACUCACCGGACUACUGCAUACGAGACCCUCAGUCAGGAUCGAUGGGCACAGGAGGGCGCCUCUGCAACCGGACGUCCCGCGGCAUGGACGGCUGCGAGGUGAUGUGUUGCGGCCGAGGCUACGACACGGCACGCGUCAGCCGCACCACCAAGUGUGAGUGUAAGUUCCACUGGUGCUGUGCUGUCCACUGCCAAGACUGCCAGCAGCUGGUGGACGAGUACACCUGUAAGUCCCAGACAUGAUCGAAGCUGUGCCUGUGGUCAGGCUGCUGCUUUCCUGCCCUGUGGGGACCCUCAUUAUGGACAUCUUUGACGCUAAUCUGAGCUCUUAAUAUAUUUAUAAGUAGACUUCAGUCACUCUCUGCUGCUCUUCUGUUUGCUCCAAAUGAGACAAGGAACCAACUGCUGGUUUUAAGAAACUUCAUAUUUUUUCUGAACCAAAAUCAGACAUGAACUGUUGAUGAUCCCCAUGAGCAGAAUGAUGAAACUGAAGUGCCUUGCACAAGUAUUUAAACUUUAUCACAUUUAGUCAAGCCACAACCACACACUUCAGUGUAUUUAUCCGAGGUUUGUAAGACUGUUCAAUGCAAAUGAUUGUAGAGAAAAAUAAAUACAUUUUUCAAACGUUCUCCUAAAUUAAAACAUGAAAGCAUUGUAUCCAUUAGUGAGUCAGUACUUUGUAGGUCCACCUUUGCUUCCCACAGUGUCAGACUGUGGUUGAACUGUGUGCGGCGCGCACUGUCCACGCAUGUUUCAGGUGUCAUAGUCGAGCGUACCAAAUUUCUACAUUUCCCACUUUUUCUGCCACGGCGUCAUCAGACGUGGAGGCAGAGCUAAUUUGCCUUGUAGUAGUGGUAUAUAAGGCCAUGAAACCAGACUAGGGAUGAAGGUGAAUACAUCUGUCAGUGCAGCGACACAGUCCCAUGUGAAGGUUUUUUCCCACUAAGCAGUUUGUGUGACACCGUGUAAGCGGUCAGAAAAGCUGAACUUUGUGCGGAAAUGUCCUGCGGACGUCCACGUUGAGUCUGUAGGAACCUCGUUGCGUUUACAGCUGCAAGUGUUUUAGUUUCUCACGUCUACUUAAAUAUAGAGCCUUUUUACCCAGUUUUUGUUUUGCUAGAUGUAAAUGUGAUGUCUAUGUGAACAUAGAUUCUUAAUUUCAUUCCAUUCAAUAUUCCAUGUAUCUCUUAGACAGAUAAUAAAUGGAUGGUCAAACGGACAGAUUACCCGUUGUCCUGCUGGAAGGUGAACCUCCACCCCCUCCGCCAGUCUUUCGCAGCCUCUCGCAGGUUUUCCUUCAGGAAUCCCCUGUAUUAAGCUCCAUCCUGCAGCAAAAGGUGGUUCUACACAGUAUUAACUGUGUCCAAAUAUAAAUGCACACCACACUUUUCAGGUUUUCUGGGUGGGGUUCUGCUCACUGUGUAACUUUGCACAACUUUGUGUUAGAAAUUAUAUUAUGUAUAUGGUUGCAAUGUGAUAAAAUGUAAAAACAUAAGGAUUGUGAAUAGUUUUGCUAAGCUCUGUUGUAUUUCUGUGAAGUCCAGCAGCAAGAAGAUAACUUUUGAGUGUCUCCCGCUGUUGUCUGGCAAUAAUACAACAUUCUUGACAAUUUAGCACAAAUAUGACCUUAAAUCUUAUAUAUCAGUUCAUAUUUGGUUGACAAUUGCAACCAUUGUUGUCAGCAAACUGUUCCAAACUCAUCAGAAACCUCCACAUGAUCAGAACAUGGAGCAGAUGGAAGUCUUCAGACACCUUUUUUCUUUUCUGGAGCACAUAUUGCUGCACAUUCUGAUUGAUCACAUGCCCAGUAUUAGUUUAAAGGUUGCUUUUCUCGUCAAUAAAUCUGUAAUAUCUCCCA